AUCUGGUAUUACGGCGAGUGAGCUCGGGCUGCCGGGCUGGGAGAGAUGUGACCGCGGGACGAACCAAAGUGAAGCGGCGGGGGAGAAAGAGCAGCAGGACGAGGGCAACCGGCGGGGACUCGGAGAAGGGACAGCGCUGAGAGUCGAUUUAAAGGGAUACUGAGCCAGUGUCAAUAUGGCCACCAAGUCGCCUCCCCCGUUAAUGAAGAAGCACAGCCAGACGGACCUUGUGAGCCGGCUGAAAACGCGCAAGAUCCUCGGGGUGGGAGGUGAAGAUGAUGAUGGAGAGGUCCACAGGUCUAAGAUCUCUCAAGUUCUGGGAAAUGAAAUAAAAUUCGCAGUACGAGAACCUCUCGGUUUGAGGUUAUGGCAGUUCCUCUCGGCCGUCAUGUUUACUGGGAUCGCUGUCAUGGCUCUGACCUUCCCAGAUCAGCUGUUCGCAGCCGUGUUCGACAGUGGCCCCGUCAGCAGCAAGACUUCCACUCGUUUAUACGGAGGGGCCCUUUUUAGCAUUUCCCUCAUUAUAUGGAACUCCAUGUACACGUCGGAGAAAGUCAUUAUACGGUGGACGCUGCUGACGGAGGCCUGUUACCUCAGCAUCCAGCUCAUUGUGACUGCAGUGACGGUGAUCGAGAGCGGAAGCUCCUCCCUGGCUGCCGCCGCCGUUCUCUGCGGCUGCCUUCUCUUUGCGCUGAUCAGUAUCUACUACUACUACCUACUGGGUCGCCGACCCAAGAAGAUUUGAUCUGGUCUCUCGGCUCCCAGGACUUCAGAUCAUUCCCGUUACUCGGAGCCGCGUUCCCUGGGGUGACGUUCAUCCGGGCGCCCAGAACUUUUACGCUUUUUUUCUCCUUCGGUGAGAACUGGUUCCCCUUCAGACUCGCGAGGAAUCGGCCGAGCAGCUCUGGGAACGUCUGCGUCUCUCUGUCUGCAAAGACUAAGACGGAUUUUAAGUGGCGCUGAAGCACAAUGCAUGCACCGUGCAUUUAAUGUUUAGAAGCACCCACGGGUCCUGUUUGUGUACCUUGUUGUAACCCCGCUCAUGGGUGGGCGGCCCAGCUACGCAUGCUUGCUUAGGAUACUAUUAAUUUCAUUGUUUCUUCCUUUCCCUUUAUUUCAUGCCUUUAUCUGUUCUUUGCAGAUCUUAGGGGUGAGUUUUUCUGGGUUUUUUUUUUUUUUUUUUACAUUUAGGGGCCUCAGCUAUGCCUUGUGCCCCCGUCCAACCAGCCAAAGGAUAAUACAAUAUUUAAAGGGCAGAUUCAGCUUUACAUUAACGCUUCCUAUGGAAUAUGGGGUUUUAACGGGGUGGUUCACCUUUAAGGUAACUUUUAGUGUUAUUAAGUGGCCAAUUCUAAGCAACUUUUCAAUUGGUCUUCAUUAUUUUUUUUAUAGUUUUUUUUUUUUGUUUUGUUUUUUUUAAAUUAUUUGCCUUUUUAUUCGGACUCUUUCCAGCUCUCAAAAGGGGGGUCACUGACCCCAUCUAAAAAGCAAAUGCUCUGUAAGGCUACACAUUUAUUGUUAUCGCUACUUUUUAUUGCUCGUUUUUCUAGUCAGGCCUCUCCUAUUUAUAUUCCAGUCUCUUAUUCAAAUCAAUGCAUGGUUGCUAGGGGAAUUUGGACCCUAGUUACCAGAUUGCUUAAAAUGCAAAUUGAAGAGCUGCUGAAUAAAAAGCUAAAUAAAAAAAUAAUAAAUGAAAACCAAUUGCUAAUUGUCACAGAAUAUCCCUCUCUACAUCAUACUAACAGUUAAUUUAAAGGUGAACAACCCCUUUAAGGCCAUUGAUUUUUUUUUUUUUUUAAUUUUUAAAAUAUCCUCACCAUAGCAACAGGCAGUAAUAGAUUCAGUCUCACUGGUUUCUAGUGUUAAUGAUACUAGCAGCUAAAAUGUGUUCAGUUUCUAUGCCCUGUUUAGUUCCCCUUUAAAUAGAAAGGGCUUUAUAGAGGGGCAUCUCCUGCUAGGGGGUCUUGUAGCCUCAUUAGUAGUACGGCAGGUACAGGGGUCGCUCAUUUGUUGCAUGGCUGGAAGGGGGUGCAGGGAGUUGUUCCCUGAUUAAGCCCUAUCCCUAUGUGAGGUGCAGGGAGUUGCUAAGGUUGUGAUACUUAAGGGAAAAGACAAUUCUCUUCACUCCCGAAGGGUGCUGGGAGUUGUAUGUUGGCAACAUGGAUAUAAAUUGCCGUCCCCCCAUUCUUUUUACAACUGCUUCUCUGUAUGGACCCCCGAAAGACAGUUGUGGGGUCACAGAAGGAUUCAGUGUUUCAGGGGCAACAGAUGCGUGUUUAACCCCUUCAUUACAGGAGCAGACCCACAUCUUGCUAAUUCUGCCCCGGGCUGGUGCUUCGGAUAUUCUCCUGCCCCACGGACCUUGGACCCUCCCACUGGUGCAGUGGAAUAAGGAGACUCGUUACUGCUAUAGAACAGGCCGAAAUAUCUCCUCCCACCCCCCAUUCAGCUGUCUGUGCUCUUGUGUUGUGUUCUUUUUAAUUCUUGUUUUGUUGUAUCGAAACUUAAUACCUCAGUAUCUUCCAUAAUAAAAUAUGCAUUCAGCUGUG